AUGUUCCUGCUCAUCCUCGUCGUCUUCAUUCUCGUGGUUCUAUACUCACGUUCCGGACGGGGUUCCCAAUGGCCAGAUGGUCCUCGCGGCAUCCCAUUCAUCGGCAUUCUGCCCGACAAGAAACUGAAGCUAUACGAACAGCUUGCUAACCUGGUGCCUCAAUACGGCGACUUCUUUUCUCUGCAACAGGGCCUGUCCAAGGUGAUUGUGUUGAGCAGCCCAGCUGCUGUCGACGAACUCAUGGUCAAGCGUGGAGGGAAGUACGGCUCCCGCCCUACUCCAUCAGCGCAAGCCAAGAUCGUCGGCCAGGGCAGGCUGGUUGCGAUGGAAUAUGGCGACGAUUUCAGGAAACACCGCAAGCUCAUGCACAAUCUUCUCGGCAUGCAGAAUGCAAAGAUCUUCCUGCCGUAUCAGGAGUACGAGAGCCGUCAGACGCUGAAAAAUCUGCUGGAAGGUCCGGACUCCUUCCUCACUGAGGUGGCCCGCUACUCGGCCAGCGUGACUUUCAGCCUGUUGCUCGGCGCCCGGUUCGACAGCAACGAUGCAAAGACACCGGAGGCGAUACGGUGUAUGUUUCAGGACAUGUUCAACAAGCUGCGUCCAGGCUACUGGUUGGCGGACUGGAUCCCCUUGCUGAACUACCUCCCCGACAGUCUUGCACCAUGGCGAGCCGAAGCACGCCGGACGCACGAGACCAUGAUGGAUUUCUGGUCCGUCCCCUUUGACGCCAUCGUGGACCGCAUGCAGAACGGAACCCCGCCCGACUGCUUCCUCACCCGCUUCCUGGCGAGCCCGGAGGCCGUCAACUUCUCCUUCGUCGAAAGACGCUCCAUCCUAGCAACCAUACUCACCGCGGGCUCGGAGACGACGGCCACCACGCUGCAAUGGUUCUUCAAAGCCGCCGUGGUAUAUCCCGACUUCGUCAAGGCCGCGCGAGAAGAACUAGACCGGGUCGUCGGCCCGGCGCGUUUCCCGAGCUGGCAAGACCGCCCGAACCUGCCCUACAUCGCAGCCAUCCUGGAUGAGCUCCAUCGCUGGGCGUCCGUCGCCCCAGUGGCCGCCUUCCACGCCACCAGCGAAAGCGACAGCUACCGAGGCAAGACCAUCCCUGCGGGCACCACCGUCAUCAACAAUGUCUAUCAUGUCCAUCACACCGACGAAUACUACGGCCACCACGAGCGGUUCAUGCCCGAACGAUACCUCUCAGAAAAAGACCCUAGGUACAGGCCAUGCAUGGCACACGCGCCCAUCCACUAUGGCUUCGGCGUCGGGAGGAGAGAAUGCCCCGGCAAACAUGUCGCCGAUGCCUCGCUCUUCAUCAUCAUCAGCCGCAUGCUGUGGGCGUUCGAUAUCCAACAGGGCCCGCAUCCGCCUCCCAGUGACGAAGUCGUGGGCGGUUUUCCAGUCAUCUUGCCGGCAAAGUUCGCGUGCAGCAUCAGGCCCCGGAGCGCCAAGGUUGCGGAGAUUAUUCGUGCAGAAGCGGCCGUCCAGGAUGCAUCGGCGCAGCUGGAAGAUGCGUCGCAGUACGAGGAGCAGCUUUUGGAGGUUCUGGAGCAGAAGCACCGAAGCGGGAAACGGUCUGCGGGCAAAGUAACCUCUUAG